UCAACCGCGACCGAUCUCUCCUGCUCUGCUCUGCCUGCCUCCGCCCUCGUCUUCCUCUGCACGGACGGAGAGGGCGAGCACCACCAUCAUGGAGGACGGCGCGCGGGAUGCGGAGCGGUGGGAGGGGUACGUGGACUGGAGGAACCGGCCGGCGACCAGGGGCCGGCACGGCGGCAUGGUCGCCGCCUCCUUCGUGCUCGAUUUGGAUGGGUCUGAAGCCGUUGAGGCGCACACCGCAGUCCGUCGUCCCAAAGCCGGGCAUUAAAACGCGGCACGAAUCACAAUGCACAAAUGGCUCGCGGACUUUAAAUUUGGCUGGCCGGACGGUACGCAUCGGGAACGCCACACGCACAUCAUGGGGGCGUUAUGUCAUGGUGGAGGUGCUGGAGAACCUGGCGUUCCUGGCGAACGCGAGCAACCUGGUGACGUACCUGAUGGGGUUCAUGCACUACUCGCCGUCGCAGUCCGCCACCACCGUCACCAACUUCAUGGGCACCGCGUUCCUGCUCGCGCUCCUCGGCGGCUUCCUCUCCGACGCCUUCUUCACCACCUACACCAUCUACAUCCUCAGCGCCUUCAUCGAGUUCAUGGGGCUGGUGAUCCUGACGGUGCAGGCGCGGACGCCGUCGCUGAUGCCGCCGCAGUGCGCCGCCAAGCCGGCGGCGUGCGAGCCCGUGUCGGGGGCGAAGAAGGCUAUGCUGUUCGCGGGGCUGUACCUGACGGCGCUGGGCGUGGGCGGGAUCAAGGGCUCCCUGCCUUCCCACGGCGCGGAGCAGUUCGACGAGCACGCGCCGCGGGGGCGGAAGGGACGCUCCACUUUCUUCAACUACUACGUCUUCUGCCUCUCCUGCGGCGCCCUCAUCGCCGUCACCUUCGCCGUCUGGGUCGAGGACAACAAGGGCUGGCAGUGGGGGUUCGGCAUCUCCACCAUCGCCAUCCUCCUCUCCAUCCCGGUCUUCGUCGCGGGGUCGAGGAUGUACCGGAACAAGGUGCCCACGGGGAGCCCGCUCACCACCAUCGCCAAGGUCCUCGUCGCCGCCGCGCUCGCUGGGCGCAGGCGCGGCGGAUGCGGCUACGGCGCGCAGAGCGCCAUCAGCAACGGCGCCGUCAUCGACCGCGCGCCCAGCCCCACGGGGAGCACCGACAUGAAGGAGUACGACUGCAAGCCCGGGGCCGGGGACAUGGUGGAGGACGCUGCUGCGAUCGUGGCGGCGUCGUCGGCCGCCGCCGAGCUGCCGUCGCAGGAGCUGGCGUUCCUGAACCGCGCCGUGCAGUGCCAGCCGCCGCGGCAGGGCCGGCUGGCGUGCACGGUGCAGGAGGUGGAGGACGUCAAGAUCGUGCUCAUGGUGCUGCCCAUCUUCUUGUCCACCAUCAUGCUCAACUGCUGCCUGGCGCAGCUGUCCACCUUCUCCGUCGAGCAGGCGGCCACCAUGGACACGCGCGUGGGGAGCCUCACCGUGCCGCCCGCGUCGCUCCCGGUGUUCCCGGUCACCUUCAUCAUCAUCCUCGCGCCCGUCUACGACCACGCCAUCGUCCCGUUCGCGCGCCGCGUCACGGGGACCGAGAUGGGCAUCACGCACCUCCAGCGGAUCGGCACCGGGCUGGUGCUCUCCGUCGUCGCCAUGGCCGUGGCCGCCGUCGUCGAGGUGAAGCGCAAGGACGUGGCGGCGAGCAACGGGAUGCUGGACUCGGCGAAGCCGCUGCCCAUCACCUUCUUCUGGAUCGCGUUCCAGUACCUGUUCCUGGGGUCCGCCGACCUCUUCACGCUGGCGGGCUUGCUCGAGUUCUUCUUCAGCGAGGCGCCGCCGCGGAUGAGGUCGCUGGCGACGUCGCUGUCGUGGGCGUCGCUGGCGCUCGGCUACUACCUCAGCUCGGUGCUGGUGUCCAUCGUGAACAGCGCGACGGGGCGCGGCGAUCACCGGCCGUGGCUGCAGGGUGCUAGCCUGAACCACUACCACCUCGAGAGGUUCUACUGGGUCAUGUGCGUGCUCAGCACCCUCAACUACCUCUUCUUCCUCGUCUUGGCCAUCAGGUACAAGUACAGAAACGCCGGGGUCAUCAAAGGGUAAUGCCAUGCCAGCUUCAUAUUGCCAUUAAUCGCCGUGGUCGCGAGCAAUGCAGGCUGGGUGCAACUGUUUAUAUAGGUGGCAAGCAGAGAUGUAGGUUAAUUUCUGCAGGAUGUGGGGGGGAAUGGGGGUGGUUUAUGAAGCUGUAAUGGAUUUGGUUGAUUGGUUCAACAAGUAAAUCAACAAGAGGUGGGGCUCAGUGAAUCGGAUGUCCAUAUGUUUGAAUUAAUCAGGUAUAAAGAAAAAAAAAAUCUAUUUGCCA